GGGGCCGCCGUGGCGUUGAGCAGGUGCACGCUGCGCUUGCUCAUCAUCUUCUAAUUCUUCCUCCCAUACACAUGUGACAGCUUAAUUGAUUGGUUCCAGAAUGACUAUCAUUGUGUUCCUUAUUGAUACUUCGGCCUCUAUGAACCAGAGAACUUUCAUAGGGGCCAGACCGACAAUGCUGGAUAUAGCGAAAGGCGCCGUGGAGACAUUCGUGAAGUUACGUCAACGAAGUCCAGAAAGCCGUGGGGAUCGUUAUAUGCUUUUUACCUUUGAGGAACCCCCAUUGCAUAUAAAGGCUGGCUGGAAAGAAAAUUUGGCAACCUUUAUGAAUGAAUUGAAGAACAUAAAGGCUACAGGAUUAUCCACUCUUGGUCCGGCUAUCAAGAAUGUUUUUGAUGUUCUUAAUAUCAAUCGCAUGCAAUCAGGUAUUGAUACCUAUGGUACGGGAAGAAGUCCAUUUUUCCUGGAGCCUUCUGUGAUAAUCAUCAUAACAGAUGGUGGGAAACUUUCAUCUCAGCAAGGUGUUCAGGAUGACAUCUUCCCUCUGCCUAAAGUAAAUCCCAUUCCUGGUGCCGACCUUACCAAAGAGAUCUUUCGUUGGGACCAGCGGUUAUUUGGGCUAGUUCUGCGACUAACUGGCACCCCUGCUCCUGAUCCAAUGGGACUGGUUCCUAGUGAUAACUCGCCACUAGAUAAAUUGUGCGAGCAGACUGGAGGACGAUCAUAUGCAGUGCGUUCACAUAGAAUGUUUCAACAGUGUAUAGACAGUCUGGUACAGAAAGUUCAGAGUGGUGUAGUUAUAAAUUUUGAAAAAAUUGGCCCUGACCCACCACCAGUCAACCUUGAUGGUAAAGAAACUCCUGAUGUAAUAGAAGUUGACAAAGAAAAUCAGCAGAAUAAUGUAGAAAGUAAUGGAGGUUUAGGAGGUGGGGGGCUUGGGGGAGGUGGUAUGUUGGGUCAUAUGCUACAGAAUGGCAGCCGUCCACAUACACCAAACUCUAUGCCCCUUCCUCCUCCAAACCCUCAGAGUAAUGCGUGGCAUAAUUGUCGGAAGAUGAUAUAUGUUCCAAGACCAGCACAGCGAGGAAGUCCAUCGGGCUUCUGGCCAAUCCCAGAGUCCUUCUGGCCAGACAUAAACACAAUAUCACUGCCUUCAAGAAGUGCUCACCCAAAUGUGAAGUUUACUUGUACAAGCCAAGAACCCAUGGUUAUUGAUAAUUUACCCUUUGACAAGUAUGAACUGGAACCUUCUCCUUUGACACAAUUCAUCCUUUCAAGAAAGCAGCCAACGGUUUGCUGGCAGGUGUAUAUUCCCAACAGCAGCAAAAAUUGUGAUGUUGGUCAUCCAUUUGGAUACCUGAAGGCUAGUACAACACUACAGACUGUCAACUUAUUUGUCAUGCCUUACAACUACCCAGUGCUUUUACCACUUUUGGACGAACUCUUCAAGACUCAUCGUUUAAAGUCGACCAAAGAAUGGAGGUUACAGUUCGAUAAUUACCUUCGUUCGAUGCCUCCAUAUUAUGCUAAUCCCCUGAAGCGUGCUCUUGGCCGAAUGGGUGCACCCAACCUUGUUCCCGACAAUCUCGACAACUCCCUCAGCUUUCAGGUUACCAAUCAUCUCAAGAGGCUAAAAAACCAAGCUAAAUCAGAAUAUGAACGCAUCUGUCUUGAGGUUGAGAAGAGAUUAUCCCAAAGUAGUUGCGUUGUCCACGAGGGGAUUAGAGUACAGCCUCGGCGACCACUCAGCAGACACCUCACCUCCAAUCACACAUUACAAGAUAAACUGGCACCCCUUCGUGACCUAGUUACAGAGUACCCUAGCUUUGUAUUAGCAGUUCGUGAAGGAGAAGUUAGUCCACAAAUGUACCGAAAUCCUUUUGAUAUUCCUCGCACCUGUCUCCUUGAUCAGCUGACACGCAUGAGAUCAAAUUUCCUUCAGUCAUCCCUGGCACUGCUCUUGACGGAGAGAGACCUUGACCAACUGCAUUGUCGCCCUAUCAGUCAAAUGGGCAAUUAUCAGGAUUAUUUAAAGAAAAUGACUCCUCCAUUGCGAGAAAUAGAAUCGACUCCUGUUAGACAACAUAUGUUUGGAAACCCAUUCAAAAUUGACAAGAAGAUGUCAAUGAUGGUUGAUGAGGCAGAUGUCGAUCUUAUGAGCACAAGUGGAGGAGCUGGUACGGGUGGUCGCGGCUCAAAGCGGCCAGCUGAGACACAGUCUACAGUAGGUCGACCAAACAAACGAAGACGUGGCCCUCUACCUCUGGACUUCACCAUACAAAGAAUUAACAAGAGUCCUAGCCUAAGUCCUAGUUCAAGUCCUAAUACCAGUCCCUGUCCCAGCCCAAGUUCUAGUCCAAGUCCUUCCCCUACCCCAGUCACCAGUCCUGGAGUAAGCCCUAGUCCACCUGACUCCCCAGUAACUCCGAGAGUUGAAGAGCAAGCUGAUGCCAGACAAGAUAUAUCUAGACUGGAGCGGCCAGAUACUCCACCAGUGUUCCAGCCUGCAACUUAUUCCUCAACACCAACUCCAGGGUAUUCUCCGGGUAUUUUAAGUGUUUCCCCUCCGGGUUCACCAGCUGCGCUCUCCCCACAAGAAGAAAGAAACCAUUCACUGCCUCUUGAUAUUCAUCCAAUGCUUAAUGGAGAUGUGACCCCACCACCACCUUCAGUGCGAGAUGAGGAGGUUAAUCAAAGCCCCUUGGAACUCUAUGAUGUAGACUAUAAUGAUUUACCACCCUCACCAAGUCAUUCUCCACCACUUGAAAUAGCAUUUGAUGAUGAACCAGAGAAGAAUGGAAUUGUAAAUAAUAGCGAGCCUAGAAGAGGUUCUAGCCCAAAUAUUCCAGCAGAUACACAAGCUACCAAGACCUAUAAUAAAGAAUUGAAAAUUACUUGCUUCAAAUUGGUUAAAAAGCCUGGCAGAGACUUCAGAAGACUUUUUGAUCAGCUGAACACAGUGCAGGGCUCCUAUGAAUCCAGACUGAAUAUGGUGAAAGAUGUAGUGGAUGAGGCCAGUAGGUUCAAGCGCCACUCGCUGGUGAAACUGUUGUCGCAGUUUCUGGACUCCAUGACGAGUGCAGAGAAAGGGACAGUUACACGCCCCAGUGUCCGGGUCAACGGCCACAGUAGAUAGAUCUGGUCAUUUCAUAUUUUAAUUAGUAUAAAAGAGUAAAAAGUGCUGCCCUGCUUUGAUUGUGGGGAUUGGCAUAAAUGAUGAUGAAACAGUACAAUAUCUUAAGAAAUUAAUGUGUCGAGUGCACAUUAUUUUGUGAUAUAAUGGGGAGGAAUUUACUAAAAAAGAAAGUUAGUAGUCGCUAGUAUUUUUUCUCGGCAAAUUGUUGAAUUGUUUAGAUGUGAAUGGCAAAUUGUUUAAUGGUCUUGCUGGAAAUGUAAUUGUUUAAUGAUAGAUUUUUAUAUAUAAUUGAACAUUGUGACAAACUUUCAAGGGUAUGUAAAACAGGAAAUGGUUUGAUCAGAAGGAUUGAAUUAGCUGGAAACUUGAAAACCCAGUUCUUUGUAAAAAUAAAAAAACCACAAAUGGGAAUAAGAACAUUAACUAUACAAAGAAAUGUGGUAAAUUACGUACCUGAUGAGUAGAGUUUGAAUGUGUGAUAAUUUGAGUAAUUUGUUUUACUAAAUUUUACUGUCAUAACUUGGCUUGCCAUUUGUAUUCUUGGUUGAUUAAGAGAUAUAUCUUAAAAAUGGGCCAUUUUGGUUAUUCAGACAGGUUGGAAAGUUCGAACCUCGACUGAAAGAUUCUUAUUCUUCAGCAGUUAAGUAAGCUGUUUUAACCCCUUCAUAAAUCUUUAUAUUUAUUUAUACCAAUUGUAUUAUAAAUUGUACCAUUUUAAUUUAAAGACUUGAUAAUUUAUAUUUUCACAUGUAUUUAUAAUUUUGCCUGGAUUCUUAGAAAUUGUCUAGGCCUAAUUAAUCUUGGGAAUCGUUUGUGAAUGUUUUCUCUCCUGCUAUGGGUUUUAUUGUCUGAAUUUUCAGUGACCCUAAUUAGCAACUUAAAUUUAGAAGCAAAAAUUUAAGAUUCACAAGUGGUUGGCAGUGUACAGAGUGGAGCGACGUGGAAAAAGAAAAAUUGCUUUGUGAUGAUCGUUUUGUAAAUAUUGUGUAUAUUUAUAUUUUAUAUAUACAAAUACAGUUGAACCUCCAUUA